AUGAUGCUGAUUGUGUUCUUGCUACUUCUGCUGCUUUGUCAUUCUGCUUGCAAGACACAGACGACGAGUUGCACCAGUCCUGAAGACCUUUUCCCUAUCCAACAUGAGUUUUAUCAGCCAGGUGAUCUUAUCAUUGGUGGGAUGACCUCUCAUAUCUACAUCUUUCACAACGCUCCCUCUUUCAAUGAAAUACCAACACAGAAGUUGACUAAUGAACCCACUUCGAUUCCAAAGCACUAUCAAUACCUCUUGGCUUUAGCAUUUGCUAUGGAAGAAAUCAAUGGGAAUCCCAACCUCUUACCAAACACUACUUUGGGUUUCCGUGUCCUCACUGGUUAUUAUAGGGUACAGUUGAAUUAUAAAGCUACUCUGAGCCUCCUGUCCAUGCCGUUCCUCCCAAACUUCAAAUGCGAGCGUCAAAAUCAUCUCAUAUCUGUCAUUGGAGGCUGUUGCACUGAAACAUCUGCCAGUGUGGCCACCAUAUUAAACAUAUACAACAUUCCACAGCUUACUUUUGGAACAUUUUCUCCAGAGCAGAGUGACAAAAGGCGAUUCCCUUCUAUUUAUCAGAUGGUGCCAAAUGUAGCUUAUGAGUACAUGGGAGCAGUCCGUUUAUUUCAGCAUUUCAGGUGGUCAUGGGUUGGACUCGUGGCUUUGGAUGAUGACAACGGGGACAGAUUUUUGCGGGCAGUGAUUCCUUUGCUUUCCAUGAAUGGGAUAUGUUAUUCUUUCAUAGUCAAAACUGGAAAAAGGGUGUAUAUGGAAGAAAUCAUAAACAUCUUGUUUAGGAUACAGAAGCAAUAUCCUGUACUUCUGGACAACAAAACCAAUGUAUAUUUUGCGUAUGGAGAUCCUAUAGGCCUGCAUAUUAUGAGGCUAUUGCUUUUAGCAGGAGAAGCAGCUUCAUUGCAAUCAUUGGGUAAAGUGUGGUUUGUUACAUCUCAGUGGAAUUUUGAAUCACUGUCAGAGCAUACAGGCUUGGAUCUACAGACUUUCCAUGGUGCCUUGUCUUUUACACUGCACUCUCAUCAGCCGCCCGGUUUUCAAAAAUUCCUUCAGAAUGUAAGACCUUUCUGGGCCAAAGGAGAUCAUUUUAUCCAAGAAUUUUGGGAAAAGGCAUUUGGGUGUUCAUUGCAACAUUCAGAACUGCAAGAGGAACGCAAAGAACGCUGCACAGGGGAGGAGAAACUGGAGAGCAUCCCUGGGGUUUUCUUUGAAAUGAACAUGUUUGACCACAGCUACAAUGUCUACAAUGCUGCCUAUGCUGUGGCACAUGCUUUGCGUGCCAUGUCCAUGUCCAGAUCCAAAUACAAAAGAUUAGAAGAAGGUGAGAAACAGGAAAUUCACAAUGUUCAGCCAUGGCAGCUCCAUCGCUACCUAAGGAGCAUAUCCUUCAACAACACAGCUGGAGACAUUGUACAUUUUGAUGAAAACGGAGCAUUAGUUACAAGUUUUGAUGUAACAAACUGGGUCACUUUCUCAAAUGGCUCUUUUGUAAGAGUCAAAGUUGGAAGACUGGACCCUCGAGCUCCUCAAGGCCAAGAGUUAACCCUUAAUGAUGAUCAGAUUGUGUGGCAUAGAAGCUUUAACCAGGUGGUGCCCCUUUCUGAGUGCAAUGGCCACUGCCAGCCUGGCUCCUGGAAGCAAAAGAUAGAAGGAAAUAAUUUUUGCUGCUAUUCUUGUCGUCCAUGUCCGGAAGGAAUGAUAUCUGACCGUCAAGAUAUGAAUUCCUGUGUCAACUGUCUAGAAGAACUACAUCCCAACGAGGAUCAAAAUAAGUGCAUUCCCAAAAUUCAAAGCUACCUUUCCCGCAAAGAACCCUUAGGGAUUGUCUUAGCUCUCCUCGCCAUUUCUUUCUUUCUAAUCACAGUUUUCAUUUUUACCAUAUUUGUGCAAUACCGGGACACUCCAAUAGUCAAAGCCAACAACCGGACCCUCACCUACAUUCUCCUCAUCUCCCUCCAGCUUUGCUUCCUCUGUUCAUUGCUCUUCAUUGGACAACCCGGAAAGGUUGUCUGCCUUCUCCGACAAACCGCUUUUGGCAUUAUCUUCUCUGUGGCCAUUUCUAGUGUGUUGGCCAAAACCAUCACUGUGGUUCUGGCCUUUAUGGCUACCAAGCCAGGAUCCAGCAUGAGGAAAUGGGUAGGCAAAAGAAUGGCAAAUGCAAUUAUAUUUUCCUGUACUUUUAUUCAGGCAAGUAUUUGUAGUGUUUGGUUAAGUUCUUCCCCUCCAUUCCCAGACAUGGAUAUGCAUUCACUGAAUGGCAAAAUCAUACUAGAAUGUAAUGAGGGCUCAGAGGCCAUGUUUUAUUGCAUCCUGGGCUACAUGGGCUUCCUGGCCAUUGUCAGCUUCAUGGUAGCUUUUCUUGCCAGGAAGUUGCCUGAUAGUUUCAAUGAAACCAAAUUUAUCACUUUCAGCAUGUUGGUCUUUUGCAGUGUUUGGUUGUCCUUUGUGCCAACUUACUUGAGCACCAAAGGGAAAUACAUGGUGGCCGUGGAGAUCUUCUCCAUUUUAGCCUCUAGUGCUGGUUUACUGGGGUGCAUUUUUUCCCCCAAAUGCUACAUCAUUAUUCUAAAGCCUGAGCUAAACAACAAGGAACAGUUAAUAAGGAGAAAUAACAAAGGAAUAUCUAUUUCUCCCUCACUAUAA